AUGAGAAUAGCAACAGCACAAAGGAUAUAUAGGAAUAGUAAUCAAUGUCUCUACUAUGAUUACUUAAAAUAUGCUCCCACAAAAACUGACUUCUAUAAGCGGAGACGGGAUCAUCUAGGCUUGUAUCACUCGGAAAGCGUCAAAAGGGAGUGUUUAGGUGUGCCAACCUUCCGAUACGUGGAACUUUAUAAUGGAGGAAUUAACACCUCUGUUGCUAUCUACUUUGCACCAAGUCGGUCCCCUGUCAGGCCAAUUUUUCUAGGACCAGAUACCAAUGAAUGUUUUACAUAUAAACGUCACGUUUUCUUGUUGGGUUUGGCAGCUGGAUUAGUCAGUCUUGGAUCACUCUGGCUGUAUAAUAUUUUUGAAUGGUGUUCAAAUGUGUUUAUGCACAAUAACUAUGAGACCGGGAAUGACAAUUUAGAUGAGUGUAAACAGCGUACUGGUUGUGUCCCAAAAACGACGCCCAGCUUUAGAGAAAGAACAACUUUAGUACAACCAAGGAAAACAAAAAUGAACCAGUUUUCUUCUGUAUACAAUACUUCAUACCACUACGGUUAUCCCCUUCAUUAUGAAAAGAAGUCUCCGGAAAAAUAUGACAUAUGUACCAGUGGUGCUGUUUCCAAUAGUUUAUCCAAUAGUUAUGACAUUCAUUUAGUUCAUGGAUCGAAUCUUUUGUGGACCAGCGCGUGUAUGAAUUGCCCUCAUUUUGCAUCAGGUUCAAAUAAAAUAUGUACAAUUUGUUGGCUUAAUAUGCCUGAUUAUUGGCUUUACGGUCCAACAUGGUGUUCAUCUGCUGCUCCAUUUCAUAUUAGUCAGUUAUACGGAAAUACUAGUAUUUUGGGGUUUCUCAUAUGCUUACAAUUGUUAUACAAAGCUGUAUGUUUAGCCUGUUGUAAAAGUGUGGCUACACGCUCUUGUUCCACACAAACUAAUUUUCCAUCUCCUUCAAAUUCCAUAAACAAUGAUUGUACUAACUGUUCACAGCAGCUGUUGAAUAAUUCUUUUAAAUUUGAUGGGGAAUGUGUUACAACAAACAAUCUUCCAGUUACUCGCAGCAUAUCUGAGACGGUUGUUUCUGAUGACUUACUUUCACAGUUCGCAAAGGAUAGAUUAAAUUCUCCAGAGUUAAGCCAGUCGCUACAAGUUUCGAAAUCAUUUGACAUGAAAUUCGGUAGAAAUGACUUGUAUGAUAGUAAUGAACAAAGUUUGAAACAACUCUCCAUGUCUAUUGAUAAUGUAUUCUUUCCAAGCAUGAAAGAUGAACGCAUGGAAUACCCUUUCACAAAUAGUGAAUUAUUAUGUGAUGAAGACUUUAUUCCAGCAAUGACUUUUAGCCUGUCUACAGAUCAAUUGUUUUCAAAUGUAGUUGACUUACUCGGUACUAAACAACCUGACUAUCGUGGUGGUUCAUCAGAGAAAAAGUCACUGUCAUCAUCUUCACCAUCAUCUUUGAUUCAGCAUGUACAUAGUGACACUGUAUUAAAGAAGAAAAUCAAACGAAAUGAAUCUGUAGACAGUUUACCAGAGGACAACACUUCAGCUAAUCAAAAUAUCAAUAACUCUCUUCUAAAUCAUCGUUCGCGUUUUCAUUCCAAUUCAGGUACAUUGUCAUCUUCAGCUUCUCUAUCAUGUUUAUAUAUAGAUGACAAUGAAGGCUUUGAAUAUGAUGAUAUCAUUUCAAUAGAAAUGAAUAAAGACCACACAAUUCAUAUGAAAAACAAUAAAAACCCGGUGAAGAUUGAAGACUGCAGUCAAAGUGAUCAUUACAACGAAGAUGAUAAUAUUGAUGAAGAAGAAGAUAUGGAAGAAGGAGAUGAAAUUAUUCUUCGACAACUGGAUACUUUAUCAACUCUUCUUAAUUCUAAAUCAGAUAGUUAUUCACUCGAACAACUUAAUGAAUCUACAUCCCUUCUAAACAAAGUUGGUAACAUCAAUGAUAUUACUGAUGAUGCAGCAUUAGUAACGUCAGCACCAUCAUCACUCUUGGAUAAACAAUGCAAUCAUUCUUUAACAUGUCAACAUGAUACGUGUAAAUUGGAAUUCACUAAUCUUUCACAGAAAACUGUUCUGAUUACAGAUGAGUUGAAUAAACUUAGCGAUACACUGGAUCGAUUAUUAUACAAACUACAAGCUAAUCAAAUUCAAUUAGAUCAAGCUGAAGAUAACUUAGAUUAUAUGUGGUAUUUAAAAGAUAAUCUCGAUGAAGAGUCUUCAUUAGAUACUUCUGAAUGUUAUUCUACAGCUGCUUUAAGUGAUAUGGACGCUGACGGUUUAUUACAUGAGGAUACUUCUGAAGACGAAGAUCAUAUUGAUGCUGAUGAUUAUUGGUUAUCGAAAGGUAGAAUGAGUGUAUCAUCAACUCAUCCUAGUGAUUGUCAUAGUGAUCGUCAUAGCUAUGGAUAUUUAUCUAAUUCACAUGGUAGACUUAAUAAUCAUUUCUAUUCCACUUUAAGAAUGCCUCGUUUACAUUAUGAUAAUAUAUCAAACAUGGAUUCAGGAUUAGAACAAUCAGUUAUAACAUGUUCUGAAUCAUCUACAUAUAUGAUUUCUUCCAUGCCAGAGGAUCAGCUGAAAACUUUCCUCAGUCAUAAUUCAUCGUAUAAUAAUAAUAACAGAUAUUUAUCGAAUUCACAGACAUUUAAAGAUUCCUUGCAUUCAAUUUCAAAAUAUUCACGUUUCAAAAAGCGUCAUUAUCGAAUGAAACGCAUGUUUAAUCAUAAAACUAAUCGAUUUUCCACAGAAAUAAUUCCAGAUUCUGAUGGCUUUUUACAUCCAGAUUUUACUUUUGAAAAUGAUGGCUUUUUGGAUUGGUCUGAACCAAUGAAGGAGAAUCCUAUCUAG